CAGGCCACGACGUCGAUAUGGAAGCCCUUGAGUACCUUACGAAGUACUGCGAGCAAUGCCAGAAAUUCGGACGAUCACCGGGACGAUUCAAGUUCAACCUGAGAGACGACGUCAGCUUCAACUACUCCAUUAUCGUCGAUAUUUUCUACAUUUCCGGUAAGCCUGUACUCCACGUUGUUGACGGAGGCACUCGAUAUCAAGCCGGCCGAUGGCUUCAAAAUAUCAGUGCAUUACACACUUGGGACGCCCUAAAUCACUUUUUGGCGUGGUGACGGAGCCGAGUCGUGCCUUCCUCCGAGACGAGGCCGACACGCACAACUCCAAACAAAACUCCCGAACCGAUCUCUCCAUCAACAACCACAACCACAACCAUGACAACGACGAAAGCAACCGCGACAAUCGAUCAAGGACGCCAUCCCACAAGGCAUCUGAUAUUUCUAUUUCGAAAGAAUACCAUUGCAAACAACCUCGCUCCGCGAUCCAACGCGAAUCCUUCCUUCCACUUUCGUAAAUUCAAACCUCCAGACCAUUGCCUCUCAUGUACACACCUUCAACCCCAUGCCGACAACGAGCAUCAUUUCGAAUAUGACAAAUGCCACAGUACUUCUUUCGUCAAGCUUACUACUCUCAGAACACCAAUCGCGAAUCACAUGCACUGCUAUGCCCACGCUGCCCUGAGAUCUUAUCUCCCGCCUGAGGUCGUGGCCGAAGGCGCAGCAAGGACUCCUAAUCAGGGACCUUAUCUUCCGCUUGAGGUCAUGGCCGAAGGCGCAGCAAGGACUCCUAAUCAGAGACCUUAUCUUCCGCCGAGGUCGUGGCCGAAGGCGCAGGAAGAACUCCUGAUCUUACACGGUUCAUCAUUGCAAAGCAGAGGAGAAUUGAAGAAUCCUCUAUCGGUUUCAAUUCGCCAAAACAGGAAGGCGCCGCCCAAGGGUGGCGGGUUGAAGACACUUCUCGUCAGGUUCCGACAUGACGCAGCCAGAAGUACGGCCGGACAACGAGUUCGAAAAAAUCACCGAUGGGAUGUCAUGCCUCUUCCUUGCUGCUCAUUCGUUCCUUGAUCCGAUCGAGACCUUGUUGUAACUCGCCUUUGUGCUUGACCAAUGCCUGCUCCCACUAUAAACCUUCGCCUCCCUAUCUCUUCCCUCGAAUUCUGCGCCUUCGUCAGGUUCCGACAUGACGCAACCAGAAGUACCGCCGGACAACGAGUUCGAGAAAAUCAC